GGAUGUGUCCCAGGGAUCAUUAGGUAUGCUCCUCCUACUUUUGGACCCCAACACCUUCAGAAAAGUUAAUAAUGCCAAACCUGAGCACAGGGCAAAGUUUGGUAGGAAGCAGUGUGACCGAAUCCUUUUCAGUCCUGAAGCUCCCACCUUUGAGCCCAUUGUCAGCGGUAAUUGGCAGAAGUGGCAUCACCUGGAAAGUAAAGGAGGCCUGGUCUGUCUGAGGAAGUGCAGGUGAGGAACUGGUAACAUACACACGGACCAAUCUAUUGUUAAUACAGUAAGGUUUAAAUAUUCAGACCGAUAGCACAGACAUUUUAGUUUGAUUUGUAAACUGUCCCCUUUUGCUAAUCCAGAUGGCUUCCAGGUUUGCUCAGAGGAGAGUUGGAAGACGCCAGGACUGUUCAGACUCCUUUCUGCUCAGGGAUCCCAGCCCCAAACCUCUGAAUGAGCUCUCUCGCAGCGCCUCCUGGUGGGCUGACGGGGGGGAGCACAGAGAGCAGGGAGACUCACUCGGAGAGCAACUACAGGAGAUGGACGAGCAUGUGGCCAGGCUCCAGGACAUGCUGAGGUGUGAGCGCACCAAGAGCGCCCGUCUGCAGCUGCGGAGCAACCAGCUGGAGGCAGAGCUGAGGCGUCAAGAGCAGCACGGCAACAGACUGAAGAAGCAACUGUCGCAGCAGCUCACCGUCAGGCACAAGGAGAAGGGACCCUCCAUAGAGGUUUUGAACUUUCCACCUGGGGGCCGAAGCAAAAGAGAACAGCCACUGAAAUCAUUCACGUCUUCUGAAAAACAAGCUGAAGCAGCGCUACGUCUGAUGCUUGAGCGCAGAGAAGCGGAGCUCAGAGAGGUGAUGAAGCUGCGCCACAGCCUCACCACAUUGCUUCACGCUCUCAGAGUCAACAUGGAGCAGACCCUGUCAGACUCGGUGGAUAUCCAGGAAGAGGUCCAACAUGACGACAAAACGUUGUAUGAAGCUGAGGUGGCACUUGGUGAGCAUGUGACAGGAGGUGUGGUUCAGAGUUGGAGGACGGUGCGGAGGAGACUGGGUGACGUCCUAUCUGAAGGUCACACUGGUGUUGGUACUGACCAUGACAAGCUUUUGGCUCAACUAGAAACUGAACUGAGAGAGAGUCAACAGCUCGUCAUGCUACAACAGCAACUGCUGCAGGGUAGCCUUGCCUCACCUGUCCCCUCUGAACUGGCGGAUUCUUACUUUCUGGAAGAGUGGGAGCGUCUCCGGGUGCGCUGGGCAGAGCUCGAUCAUCAGAGGAGGACUUUUGAGAGGGAGAGGCAGUCCUUCACUGACGCUGCCAUCCGACUGAGCCACGAGCGCCGUGAUUUCGAGCAACAGAGGGCCUCUCUCAUCAAGCAGCAGUAUUUGUGUGACUCGCCACUGUUUGGUAAAGGUGCACCAAGGGGCAGGAGAAGAGACAGCACUGCUCUGAAUUUCUCAGGUUUGGGGCCCACCAGCAUGUCCAGCUGUCUCCCCAUUACUCCAUCGUCCACCGAGUCAGGCUCCGCUGCUCUCUCUGCAUUGCAUCAGGGAAUAGUUGGCGCUCAAACUCCCAGCACACCUGAGCUCUACGCUGCCCUCGAUCUGUCAUACAACCGCAGGUCCACAGGGGUCGAUCACCAGUCAGAGACAUGGGGCAGCGGCGCACACAGGAUGGUGGACACACCACAGGCUCCACACUUGGACUGGUCAUUUUAAGUUUUCUCUCUAAAGGUCAUAGUCAUUCAAAAUCAUGUUGUACCUUAUUUUCUCUUUUUUCUAAAUAAUCAAUAAAGACUUGAAUACAUCUUUCACCA